ACGCGCAAUCGCUGCAUAUUGGUGCAUUGAAUGCACCUCGUCUCUCACCUGGUCUCGUCUCUCACCUGGUCUCGUCUCUCACCUGGUCUCGUCUCUCACCUUCUAGUAGGGAAGACUGCAUUUAUAAACAUACGUUAUCCCAAUCUCCUCCACCUCCUCAUCCCUUCCACACCAAUACCACCACCAGACCCGCUCCACAAAGAUGGAUUCCGACAAUGACUACUACAACGACUACGACUUCGAUUUCGGUGACUCUAUCAACGAAGGCAUUCCCUUCGAUUCACUUGCCAGUUUCGCAAGCUCCAGUUCCAGGCCGGAGCCUCGGUUGCACCGCAGUCUGCCAGUAGAUGACAAGAAGUCUGAGUCCGGCAUCGACCACAACGGUGAUCAACUGUUCCAGUUCGACCACAACGGUGAUCAACUGUCCCAGUCCAACGACAACGAUGAUCGACUGUCCCAGUCCGACGGUUUCUCCGCAUCAUCUGACCCCGACAAACCGAACUUCACAGUGGAAACACAUCCGAUGAUCUUCGAACUGGCAUCAGAAACAUCAUAUCGUGAGCUCCAACAAAGCAUUGGUCAUCUAUCGUCAUCAGUUGACAACCUCUCCCAGCCCUCUGGCGCUGAGAUCGAGAAUGGAGUCUGCGCGUACAACCUGUCCGUGGUCCAGGUUAACAUCAACAACAUUGAACGACUGAUUAAGAAAUACAACGCUAGCCGGGCUGAGGAAGAAGCGUUUGAAGCCAGUGAGAAAUUUGAAGCUGAUGCUGUUACACUCCCAAUGCCUAAGUCAGCAGAAUCACAAUGGCGCAUUGUGUCUGCGUACAGAGAUGCAAGGUUCGUUCUCGUUGUCCCAGCCUGGAAGAUAGGCGCAAAGAGAACUCAGGGAUCCCAGACUGUCCGUGCUGGACACAUGGUACCUACUGGAUCAAUCGUAAAGGGAAGUGGUAACGAUGCCUGGAACGCAGGUCUUGUCGCCUGGCUCUGCAAGACUGAACAUCUCUUCGGCUACGGCGCUGGCUUUGACGUCUACAUCUCUUCUGCCAAGUCCAGUUGCCCGUAUUGCCUUACAUCGCGCAAGGACAGCAACGGUAUUGAUCAAGAUUUCAUUCUACCUGACGGCGUCAAUUUCCUCCUCCAGCUUUCCAGUCACGUUGAGCUCAACACCAACUGGGACAUUGUCUGGAACGACAGGACCAAGACGAGCAGGGCGAGGGUAGACGGACAGCCUGUCGUGUUCACGAAGGGCAGUCUGGUUCACAAUCGCAUCCGCGAGAUCCCCGACAAGUUUAUCAUUGGCCCCAAAGCCUCCAGUGGAUAG